UCGAUUUAAGCAAACCAAGAACUUAGUUUCGGGGGAAACUCAAUUAAAAUUAAAAAGUUUUGAGGGAUAUCAAGAGGGCAAUGGAACUUCCAGUCCAGAAGGAAAAAAACUGUGUUUCGCGUCGCGAUCGUCAGCGCGAAUUGGCCAAACAGCGAAUCCUUUUCUGGGCGGGACGUCUCCAGCUGUUGCCCCAUGAAGUGGAGGGAAUGUCGCAGGCUGAACUCAACCAGAGGUGGCAAGUUAUAAAAGAGAGUGAGAAAGCUUUUGAGAGGCGGGAAGCUGAGUUCGAGCGGUGGAAACAACUUAGUCAGUUGAGAUAUCUCAUGUAUGAAGAGCAGAGAAAGUACAAUGAACGUCAUGGAGCCGAUGGAACCUCCAUCUGGGAAAUCCUGGCCUUGGCACAGCAAGAUCUUGAGGACGAACUCCAAAUAGAUAAAAUUCGAGGCAGUUGUGAGCGAUUUCCAUCGCCAAUGUUUCUUAUGGAGGAGAAACGAUAUCAGGGUGGGAGAUUAAAUUCACUGAAACCUCUGAGAUCAGUUCUGAAUGGUUUUUAUUCGGAAGGUGAAAAAGAAGUAGAGUCUGAAGAGGAACUGCAACUCAAAGAGGUCACUCGGAAUUUACCUAAAAGCUGGCCAAGGAAACAGGGAAACCGAAAGGUCCAGACUCUGAUUUCCACAACUGAAAGGUUACCACAUAGCAAUUCUUUCUGUGAGGAACCCUUUAAAAAUAGUAUUUUGGGUCUCUAUAACCAAAAAUUCAACCUUCAUUCAAACAGUGAAAUGUCUUUAGACAGCAUUCAAGAAUCUCCAGACUUGGGCUUUUGUCCUCUUUGCGCCAAAAGACACCUGCGAUUGCCACCUCGUUUCUAAGACAGUCUAAAUAAAUCAAAUGAGAUACA